AUGGAAGUCUCUUGCCGGUCUUAAUCUGCUAUAAAUUAAUCUACCUAGAAAAUACAACAAAUAGUUUGCAAGGGAGUUCAACAAGGAUCCAUGAAAACUGUGCUCUACAAUACAGUUUGAAUUUGCUGUUUAACUUCUACGUGACUGAAUUGCAGGUCCAUUAAGGAAUGAUCCAGGUAUUCCCUGAGGGACCAGACACAGGCAGAAAAUUACUUGGAGUUGAUUUUGCUGAAAAGGAAAAAGCAGCAGCAAGAGCUCUGGAAGAUGUGAAGGCUAACUUCUACUGUGAACUAUGUGACAAGCAGUACCACAAACACCAUGAGUUUGACAACCAUAUCAAUUCCUACGAUCAUGCUCACAAGCAGAGACUGAAAGAGCUAAAACAAAGGGAAUUUGCACGGAAUGUGGCUUCAAAGUCCUGGAAAGAUGAGAAGAAACAGGAAAAAGCACUCAAACGACUCCAUCAGCUGGCUGAACUGCGGAAGCAGUCGGAAUGUGUUGCCGAAUGUGGACCUCUGGUGAACACUCCCCAAGUGAUUACAGAAAAACAGCAGCAACCACAAGAAAAGCCUCUUUUAGUGGAGGAAAGCAAAGCCAAGAACAGAGCGGAAGGACAAAAUCUUCCCAGCAGCACUCCAGAGAAACAGCAGGAGGUUUUGCCAAGCAAGAACCAAUCUUGCAUCGAGAGGCACCACUUGCCUAGAAAUCGGAUUUCUCCAGCAUUUUCCUGUGGAACAAAUGCCUGUAAUCGGGCUGGAGUGUCUUUUUCAUUCUCUAAGAAAGUUCAUUUGAAGCUUGAGUCAUCAGCAUCUGUCUUCAGUGAGAACAUGGAAGAAGCAUACGAUUGCAUCAGAUCACCUAGGCAUAAAACAAAACAAGCUCCCAAAGAGUGCCAUGGUUGCAUUCAUAUGAGCGAUGAGAGGAGAACAAAUUUGCAAAAACGGUUAAAUGCACUUCAAGGUCACCCAAAUAGUAUUGCAUCCUGCAGUCUGUUUGGAAAAAAGAAAAUGCAGAAAGGACAUGAUCAGAACACUGACAGAGAGCAAGUGGAAAGCCAUCUUUCUUCUUGUAAUGAAAAUUUACAUCUUCCAGAUUUGGAAUAUAUUGGGUCUCCAAAUGCAAAAGAACAAGAAGGACUUCAGAAUGAGACUCAGAAAUGCCUGGAAACUGUUAUUGCACCUCACCGCCCAACUAGUAAUGUUUGCAUGCAGGAAAAUACUUACAAGCACAGUGAUGUCCUGUUUGCAGAACAUGUCCCUGAGUUCUUAGGCCAACAGUCAUCCAAACAAAGACAUCCAUGUGAGGUAAACUGUAAUCCCUGUGCAUUCAAACAAUAUCCUGAUUGUUCAAAAACUGUGAAUGCAAACAAUGAAACACCAAGGAGUGAUUCACUGGUUCAUGAAAUUAAGCCUAAAGCAUUGCCUUUUCUUCAUGUAGUGAGUAAAGAUGGCAGCACAGCUUUACGAUGGCCCACAGAACUACUAUUGUUUACAAAAACAGAACCAUCUAUUUCAUAUGGUUGCAAUCCAUUAUAUUUUGAUUUUAGGCUCUCUUUGUCCCAUAGAGACAGUGAACACAAUGAAAGCAACGUGGAAAGUCCUAAAGAGUGUUUUAAAAACAUGGACAUCGAUGAAAUUGAAGCCUCAGGUCUAACCGAGAUCCAGCUGCUGUCCAAUGAACCCGAUAAUCAAUCUUUGAAGCCAAAGAAGAAGAAAAGAGCUGUAAGCCUCAACAAGUCCCAGCCAAAACUGGAAUCAGACACAGAGAAUGAAAUGAAUCUGUGUGCUUCAAAGUACAUUUCAGAUGAUUCAAAUGAAAGUAUACCAGAAGUGCCUGCUCACCUUGAUUGCUCACAAAGGCAUUACACACGAGCAACAAGUCCUCGUACAACGAUGCAUGUGAGAUCUUUAGCACAGCACUUGCAGAACUUUGAACAAACACUACAGGAAGAGGUGACACAAAAUAUUUGCAUCUAUCCUUUGGUGGCUUCUAGGACAGAAAAGCAAACAUGUGAAAAAUGUGAUUUAAUCUAUUCCCAAAGACAGAACAAUUUGAAUUUGGUCUCCUGUCCCAGUAACAUAAGUGACAGCAGGGACGAUUCAAUUCUGGGUUAUACCUUCAGUUCCACUGGGGAGUGUUUGGAAAAGGAAGAUGGUGAGAGUUUUGCUGGUUGCUGGAAAUUCUCUCCUCUGCAAAAGCCCUUUUCUGACAGACAGUCUAAUUAUUCUGACACCUCUGCUAGCAGCAUGACUAGUUGCUACUUUAGUCACAGAUCCAGUGAUCACAGCAGAAGUCAUUUGCCUUUUUGUUGUAAAAGGAAACAAAAGCCGGUUGAAAGGCAAAAAUGUAAACACAAAAAGCACAAUUGCAUUUCAUCUUCUGAUGAUGCAGAUGAGGAUUGCCAUUUCAACAAAAAAAGUCAAAGAUCUAGAAACUGUACACAGAGGCAUACAGUAAAAUAUCAAAGGCAUUCAAGAUAUAGGCAUUUACUACAAAGAGACAUAUCAAAGCAGACCAGAAAUAGACACCCUCUCUGUAAACACAGCAGGGGCAGGAGCUACAUUAAAGGCUCCAAAGGUUCUUCCAUCCAAGAUUCAGGAAGCAGCGAAAGAUCAUCCAGUGGCACCAGAUCAAGAGGCAGUAGUUCAGGAUCCCUUACUAAAGGAUCAAUGCACAGCUGGAUUGAACACAAAGGGGAUAUGAAAAGAAGUGACUGUGCUGAACCUGGAAAAUCAAACUCUGUACACUCAGAUUGCCGGUAUCUUAGAUGCCCAUCAAAACAUAUUGGAAUUUGCUCCAUCAGCCACUUUGAAAGAGAAGCACUGGGACAGCGAAAGUCAUUAACUGCCAAGCUACUUUUAGAGAAGGUGAACUCAAAGAGAAACCAAGAGCAAACUCAGAACACUGAGAGUUUUUCAAAUACCUGUGAAAUAGGUGUUCCCCAUAGUCAACCUGGUGUUAAAAACUCAUCUUUAAUGGCUGGAGAGGUCAUGUUCCUUUCCCCCGAGAAAGCCCUCAGCACCAAUGCAAGCAAUGUGUGGAAUAACGAAACCAUGGCAGAACACAACAAGGAAAGCAACCAUCAAGUUGAUAUUUCAGCAAUAGAUAGUGUUACUCUUACUGCUAAUGCUGCCUAUGGUAAUUGCCUGCUUAAAGACUUAAUUCAAAGAGGAACAGGCUUCCAGCCUCCAAAUAUGGAAAAGGGUGCAGCAAUAAAGGAGCAAUCUAAUGUCUUACCUGGUGAAAUGCAAUCCCUUCUACCAAGCUGUGAUGCAGUGCCAAAUGACUUUUCUGGUGCUUUCCCUUCUCAUACAUAUUCUGUUGUCGCAAAUCUAACAGAGACCAAAGAAGAACACAAUGCAAAUGUGAACUUGAAUGGGGAGGGAAGUAAUCUAAACUGUUACUCUGACAAUGCUAUGCAUAAAUCCAGUGAAACAGAAAGCAGUAAAUGCAUCUCCUUUCCUUUAACACAGCAACCUAUUACAUUUUCUCCUGAUGAAAUAGACAAAUACAAGUUUCUUCAACUGCAGGCCCAACAGCAUAUGCAGAAACAACUGUUGGCAAGGCAUCUCAAGGUCCUGCCUGCCACAGGGCCAACUGCCUUCUCCACGUCCCCUGCUGUUCAACCCAUUCCAAUUCAGCAGCAGUCUUCUGUUUCUACUCUCCACCAAACACUCCUACAAAGCUUUGCUUUGUCCACUGGAGUCCAUCCUCAUGGUAGCCAUCUUUCCCUCGCUCAUAUACAUCCAUUUUCACAAGCUCAGUUUGCUCCCAUAUCUCUCUCGCCUUUUACUCCAACCUUCAUGCCUGCACAUUCGGGACUGCUAGCUGGACAUCCAUUUCAUUUAGUAUCUGCAACUCCCAUUCAUCCUUCACAUUUGAUGUUCCCACCUCUGCCCCAUGCUGCAUUUAUUCCUACCUUGUUUGCUCCACAGCUGAAUGCAGCUGCAUCAUCUGCAAUACAUCUGAAUCCCUUGAUUCACCCGUUAUUCCAGAGCCAGGAGCUUCAUCGUCGCUCUUGACUAGAUUGAUUGUGGUGGUUAUCCAAUGUUGGGAGAGGAGCAUAAUUUAAAUUAUUUAAACUAAAAUUAAAGCAUUAUUGCCCCUUGCAUUGAAAAGCAAUUGAGAUGGAAAGGCCCAUUUAAGAAUCAUUUGAUUGUAUAUCAUAAAGAGAACUCAACUCAUGGCUUAUAGAUAAAGAGUUACAUCAAGAAUGCAGAUGGAACCUAACUUUGGAUAUAAUGGUAUAUGAAGGUUAAUGUGAUGUUUCAUUGUGGGCUUUUAUGUUUCACGUUUCACGUGAAAUCUGAAAAACCUGUUUAAUGAAAGUCUGGUUCUUUCUCUUCUCUUUCUUUUUGUUUCUAAGCAAACAACAAGAAGGGAUGGAUACUAGUUUUCCAUGUCAGCACAAGUGUCAAUUUGCUCAGGUUUUUAAUCCAAACUUUAAAAGACCUAUCCAACAUUUUGAAUCCAUUUGGAGGAUAGGAUUGAUAGUUCCUUUCGAAUUUGGACUAAAACUUCCUACCAACCUAAAAACCAAGAGCUUCCACUGGCAAAAUAUAUUCAAUCUCUAGCAGUGCUAUCCCCACAUCCAUUGCAUGGAGAUAAGAUACAAUUGGAUCUGUGUGAGUGCUAUUUUAAUGCAAAGAGCAGAAUCCCAUUUCCUUGCCCUUAUCUGGAUUGUUGGGCAGUCAUCCAAAACAAGCAGCUAUCUCCUCUAAGCGAACAGCCUUGCCAGAACCUAUCAAACCAUCACAUGAAGGCAUAGGUAUAUGAAUGUCAGUCAACGGAUGCACUUUUUCAAUGGUGGGUUGGCAAGCUUCUCGUUUGUUUGUUUGUUUGCUUUUUUCCCCUCUUGAGAUUAUGCAACUUGGUUUUCAAUAAAACAUGUUACCAAUAGCAGAGAAAUUUAAUCUGAUUCUUAUAGUAAAUUGUCAGUUUAAGAGGUCCUUGAAAAUGCAGAGAUCUGUGAUGGUUUCAGUUUUUGGGAAUAAUAUUACACAGACUGGAAGAUGCAUUUAGAUAUCUUUUAAAAUCACAUCGUAAAUAUAACCCUUAACUUUGCUGCAGUGGUAUACCUGCAGCUUUAGCACUGAUUGGCAGUGAAUGUUCUGGGUUUCCGGGAGAAUUGUUUCCAAGCCCUACUGGAGAUUCUUGGAGUGCUUUCACACUGUACCAUUAUGGCAUUAUGGUUCCACUUUAAAUGCCAUGACUACAUUAUAUGGAAUUCUAAUAUGUAGUCUGGUGCAACAUUAGAAUUAUCUGGCUAAUCUUCUAAGCCUCUUUGAGUCUCUUUGUGGAGAGAAAAGUGGGGUUUAAAUAAACAUAUUAUUAUUAUUAUUAUUAUUAUUAUUAUUAUUAUUAUUAUUAUUAUUGCUCUAUCCUAUAAUGAAAAUCCCAAUUCCAUAGGUUGUUGCUAUGGUAACUAAAGUAGAAACCUAGCACAAUACUGUGUAGUAUUGGGAAGUCACUGGUUUUGAACAAGAUUUUUAGAACUAAGGACCUCAUCAGACAGAGUCAUCUCUGUAUCUUCUUCCCAUUUCUCUGCACUGACAAAACGGAGUCCCACAGAGGCCAUCAUAUGACACAAGACCACUUCCAGUGGGUCUCUGUGGGGCUCUGUUUCCACAGCACAGAGAAACUGAGCCCAGAAUGCCUUGUGAGGAGCCAAGUGCUACCUGACUGCAAACAGGAGAGAGUGGGGGAAAGAUGGACCUUAAUGAGAAAAGGAUGUGGGCUGGCCGAAGAUAGACCUCAACAAAAUGAGGGAACGGAAUAAGACAGUUCUCUCCACUGUCUCCCUGCUGGUGUUUUCGGUUCCACUUUUAUGCUUUUGUCCUUUUUGCUGGAAUAUAGUCCCUGGACAACUUCUCUAAAACCAAAUUCUAUACUUGGAAAGUGUUCCCCACCAUUUCUUUAGAAAGAGCCAAUGUGCUACCUUGUGCAAAAGUCACCUGCCUCUUUGCAAGUUGUGGCUUUAGCAAAACUGAGAGGUCAGGAAUGUUUUCUUUGUAGGGGGAGAAAAAUGAUUAAGUGAACCCAGUCAGUCAUCAGUAACUGUGUUCUUGUUGUUAAGGUAUCUAUGUAAAAUACUGAUCAUGUCUAUUUAUUAUGCAGUUUUGCAAAAAUAAAGAAAACACACAAUUUUAAAAAUUCCUCUUGAAUCAUUUUUCAAAGCGUUUUGUUUGUAUUAAAACUCAACAAUACUCUGGCUAGUAUAAUCUGUAAAUCAGUCAUUUUGUUUUGUAUUCUCUGUAAAAAGUGUUUUAUAUUACUCAGUAGAUAAGUGAAUUGCACUAUUGGACAUGCAAUGCAGCUUUUCUUGAGGUUGUUCAGAAUGUUCCUGGGAAUGUAGUUUCAUGCAAUAAUUAUUUUCCAAAAAAAAAAAAAAAGCUUAAUGGCUGAAGGAGUGACAGUCAUGAAUCUUUGAAUAGCAUACCAAAAGGCAUCCACAAAAUAAAAUGCAGAUGGAGCAAACAGAACUAAAACCAACCUGUAAUCCUGGUUUUUAAGGCUAUUUCUUUUUUUAAAAAAAUAGCAUGUAUUAUUAGAGUUGUUUAAAUGGCUCUAUCAAUAAAUAUUCCUUUUAAAAAUAA